ACACGGUGUGAGAGCAGCGCAGCGGCUUCUACAUCCUCCCCGGGAUGUUGCCAUUACACCGCUGUAAUGUUGCACACAUGGCUCCCUCUCUUCCUCUCUCCCUCCUUACAUCCGCUACCAGCCGCUCUGCUGCAGACACUUCGGCCACUCGGACACAGUUUGAAAACAGUGUGGCGAGGCAGGAGAGGUUUCAGGUCACUUUACAGAAGUGUGGAGGGCUCAGCCAGGCUCGGAACGUGCGUCUGAUAUCUCAACUUUUCAAUGGGGAGCAUGUGCAGUCGUCCUGUUACUCGUCUUUUCCCACCCCGUGGACAUCGAGUUUGACAGCGUUUAGUUAAACGCAAAUAGUUUGUACAUGUAUACAUGAUCCACCUGGACGUUUUACUGCUGCUAAAAAGGAUGAUGAUGACGGUGAUGGGCGGAGGCCACGGCCGAAGGUGCAGCCCUCGCUAGAAUACGUUCUCCUCCAACUUCACCCUUCCACCAUCAUCCAUUUCUGCCACCACCCCCACCCUCCCCGGUGCCAUGGCUAACCACCUGGAGCUGAUCCAGGAGCUGCAGCAGCUGGACAAAGUGCCCAGCCUGGAGAGGCUGCGGGCGGCCCAGAAGCGGCGCACUCAGCAGCUGAAAAGAUGGGCUGUGUACGAGAAGGAGAUGCAAAACAAGAAGCGAAAGGCUGAUAAGAAGGGACGCAACGCCAACAACCUCCAGCCAGAGUCCAGGAGGCAUGUGUCGUUUGCUGCCAGCGUGGCACUUCUGGAGGCGUCGGCCAGGAAUGAUCCAGAUGAAGUACGCUACCUGCUGAAGAAUAAUGUGAGCCCAGACCUCUGCAACGAGGACGGUCUCACCGCCCUGCAUCAGUGUUGUAUCGACAACUACGAGGAGAUGGUGAAGAUCCUGCUGGACCGAGGAGCCAGCGUCAACGCUCAGGACAACGAACUGUGGACGCCACUGCACGCCGCGGCCACAUGUGGCCACGCAGGACUGGUCAAGAUCCUCAUUGCACACGGUGCGGAUCUGCUGGCGGUCAACUCCGACGGGAACAUGCCCUACGACCUGUGUGAAGACGACCCAACACUGGACAUCAUCGAGACAGCUAUGGCCAACAGAGGCAUCACCCAGGAGAUGAUCAACGAGACACGAGCGUCGACAGAGAGGAGGAUGCUGGGAGACAUUCAGGAGCUGCUGAGACAGGGAGAGGAGGUCAACCAGCAGGACUCGCAGGGAGCCACACUGCUCCACAUCGCGGCUGCGAAUGGCUACGUGCAGGCUGCAGAGCUGCUGCUGGAGGGGGGAGCUCGCAUGGACCUGAGAGAUUCAGAUGGAUGGCAGCCUCUUCAUGCUGCAGCGUGCUGGGGUCAGAUGCAUGUGGCGGAGCUGUUGGUGUCUCAUGGAGCCAGUCUCAAUGCCAAGACCUUCUUAGAGGAGACCCCCAUCGAUCUGUGUGAGGACGAGGAGUUCAGAGCCAUCCUGCUGGACCUGAAACACAAACACGACAGUAUCAUGAAGUCACAGCUCAAACACAAGACCUCACUGUGUCGGCGAACGUCCAGCGCAGGCAGUCGUGGAAAAGUGGUGCGGCGGGCGAGCCUGUCGGACAGACACAACCUGUGCCGCAAGGAGUACGAGACGGAGGCCAUCGUGUGGAGGGGAGGCAGGGAGGAGGAGGAGGAAAAAGAGAAAGAGUCUGAUCAGGAGAACAUCCAGGUGGUCCAUGUCAAGCCAGUCGUGGCCGUGGAGCUGCCAGACAAGCCCAAGCUGCCCACCAUCCUCAAAGAUGGCAACGGCAAACAGAACGGCCUCAUCUCCACGACCAUCUCCACGUCCGUCUCCACGUCCGUGCCGCCACAGCAGCCAUACAAUGGCAACGCGCCGUCCUCUGAUAAGGGCGGGGUCAUCACCGCUCAGCCGGCGCAAGAGGAAGCCUGGCCGAGAGAGCGCGCUCAGACUCUGUCGGAGCUCAAGAAGCAGAGGGCCGCCGCCAAAUUGUUGAAUCACCCCUUGUUCAACGGUCACCUAGGUAACGGCUCCACAGACUCCUUCACUGAUGCCAAAAACAACUCCGAGGACCCCCGCAUGCCGCUGGUCUCCUCCAACGGAAGUGCGGUUUACUACACGCCGGCCAGCGGCGACCCGCCCCUCCUCAGACUGAAACAGCCAAUGGAGGAAGAGCAGCCGAAGACGAGGACCUGCUGCUGCGUGUCGUAGCGUCCCGGCUAUUGGACUGUAGACGGAACAGGAAGUGUUUGCACAGAGAGGAAGGAAGCGAGGAAACGUGCUAGAAGAGGAAAGGAAGGAAAGAAGAAGUGCUCCUGUAUUUUGACGUCCUCCUCGGCCCCUUCAAACCAGAGAAGACGGUGGAGAACCUUAUCCCCGGUCAUGUGACUCCUGCUCCAGGUCGAGGCACCUUCCCCCCACAAAAUGCAGAACAGAGGAUAGGAACUGAGUAGAGCCACUUUGAUUCACUUGGAUUAAAAUUCCUUCUCAUACAUGGAGUCUCUCUACAAGACAGGCCAAACGGAUACAAAGAGUGCACAAAGUUGUCCGCUGUGCACCUUCAACGGUCAAGGUGUGGACAUGUUUUUUAAGCUUUGAAUCAAGAAUGAAUCAAGAAAGUAGAGAAGAUCUCAAGGUACAAGGUGCACGUUCUGCCCUCAGAGAUGAAGAUGGAAAAGAGGUUGUUUUUUUUUUUGUACCUUACAUAUGGAUGGUUAUCACGUGAUCAAACAGCAUUUCUGCAGGACCAACACACACCGUUGUCAAACCACAUUGUUCUGCUCUUUUUUGUCAUAUUCUGAGCAGUCCGGGUGGGUCGUGUCACAUCCUCAACAUAUCAGAAACAGCGAAUUCGUAGCAAAAAAGAGAUCUGUGACGUCUCUUUUCGAGUGUCUGUCGUGUUAAAAAAAAAAAAAUGCUGCCUGCAUAAGUAAAGGGAAGGAAUGCCAUAAAACAGUGUUAAAAUAUUCAGGAAGUGUACUUCAAACAGGAAAGAGUACAGUGGUGCACUAGUGUUGGAGACUGUCACAAUAUCCUGUCAGCUUAUACUUCACCUCACCGUCCUCUCACAUCCGACAUGAACUGACAAGAUCGCGCUCUGUUUUAUGCACAAUCCACUUUGUGCUCUGUCGUUUAGAUAAUUUAAGCAAACAUGGUUGACAAUUACUGUACAUUUCUUUAUUUAUGAAAUUAAUGUUAUGUGUGGAAAAAAAAAACUAAAAAAGAAAAAAAAAUCCAAAAAGAAGUUAUGGUUCCUAAAGGUGAGUGUAUUUAUUAUUUGGAUGGUGUGUGGAGAGUGUGAAUGCAAUAUGAGAAAAGCACCUUCUGACAUGGAAAAAAAAAUCAAACGUUAGACUGAUGAAGUGAAGUGAGGGUUACUGUCCGCUAUGUGUUAUUAAAAUCAAACAAACAAGCCAUCCUGCCGGGAUGGAUUUCAUAUCAGUGUCACUACAAAUAACAGUGUUAUUUGUUUAUGUUUUGUUGUUCUUUUUUUUUUUUUUUUUUCUGGUGGCCAUCGUGUGGCUUUAUUCCCUCCUCAGUCACUGUAUCUGUUAACAGAACUUAUAAAUGUAAUGUGAUGAAUUACUGUAAGUAUAGUAUGAGUUUUCUGAAGAUACACAAACUCCAUUCUUGCCUCUGGUUUUAUUAUUUUUUUUGUACCAUUACCCCACACAUGGAUUUGAUAUUAUGUCAGCCGAGCUUUAAAUGUUCUUCAACAACCGGUAUUAGAAGUAGAUUCUCUGAUUGAUGAAAAAAAAAAAUAGUAUGACAUUUCGGGAAAUAUGCUAAUUCACUUUCUUGUUGAGAGUUACAUGAAAAGAUUGAUGGCACUGUCAUGUUUUUUUGCUUAAAGGGACAGUUCACUCCAAAAUAAAAACUACAGAAGUUUCCUCUCAGCUGUAGAGCUACUUAUCCAUCUAGAUUGGAUUGCCUUGUCUCUGCUAUGAAGGAACUAGAUGGCGCUUGACUUGUGGUGCUUCCUUCUUCACAGUGAUGCGGUUUGAGUUUAGUGUGGUGCGAAGAAAGUGGUUCCUACAUAAACCUGGGGCUGUCACAAUAUCAGAUUUUCACUACCAGUUAUUGUGACUUAAAUUCACAAAAACAACAUUAUCACAAUAUCUACAGAAAAUGACUUUGAACUGUUUUUGGUACAAAUAAAUAACUCAUAAUAUGAGUGUAGGGAGGUGGAGAGACAGUUUGUGACAAUAACUGUCCAAAUGUUUACAAAAAGAAAAACUACACUGAAUGAAUUUCUCCAUAUCAUGGCAGUUUGAGAGCUGAGGGUCAUCUACUGCAGGUAAAUACACUGACUAGGAUAAGUACCUCAUAUAACGCCGCAUCAAAAGACCCCUGCUAUCACCGUAAGGUGACUAACCACCAUCAUCCGUGACAAAGCAAGAAAAAGAAGAAAUGGAAAUUGUUUAAGGCAAUUUGCAAAAAUAUACUAUUGGUUGUGUUAUUAGCACAGUUUCUCGGCAUCUCACAUUAAAACAAUCUAGGAGGUCACAUAGCUGCUGGAGGAAAAAUAUGAAAGUAGGAUUUUUGGGUGGACUGUCUCAUUAAUGUAUAGCUAGUGCCAGUGGCUGGUUUCUAAGCUCAGCAUAAAGACUUAGCAUAGCCUGGCUCUGUCCAAAAGCUUACAAAAACAGUAUCACAACAUUUGUUUAGACAGAUUAAACAAACAAUGUGUUUAUGGACCUUAGACCUUACUGACUUUAUUCGUACAUGGCCGUCCUUAAAGUCAUGAAUCACUCUGUAUAUUGGAGUGUCAGAUUCCAUGACAACGUCAGCUUUAGAAAUGAUUUUGGGUUGCCCAUUUCCAUUUUUUGUGCUGAGCUAACUAGCUGCUAGCUCCAGCGCUAUACGCGAGUGAUAUCAGACUCCUCAUUAAACUCUCAGUAAGAAAUCAAAUAUUUCCCAAGUUGUUGAGCUACUCCUUUUAUCUGAUAACCGGCCCUCUAAUCUCCUUGUGAGUGCCAAAGAGUCUUCUGUGAUUAAAAAGAACAACUUUUACACAAAUACACAAACUUUUUUUUUUUUUUUUGGGGGGGGGAGCUUCUUUGCCAUUUAAGAGAUUUCUUUGCUUUCUGAAGGCCAACUCUUUUAAACCAUGCGAUGGCCCACAAUGCCACUAUCACUUUAUCCCCUCAACAUCAACUGUACAGUGUCAAAUAUUUGUACAGAUGCAUUUGUAAAUAUGUUUGUAUCAGUAUCCUCUUCUCUGUUCCCAUGAACUGCAUUUACAUGUCCGUGUUGUUACCGCUGAACAUACAAUAUAGGAAGAUACAACUACCCACAUGGAUUAACAGUGUUAGCAGACAUUUGGUUUUCGGGGGGAAACUGUGAGUCUACGUAGACACCCCCCGCCCUUUAUCUGUAAAGUGGAUUGCAUCCAGGUGUCAUUGUCAUAUUUAAUAUUUCCUCCCUGCUGUUGCGAUGCACAGUGUUUGCAGUUGUUUUAUUUUCUGUGCAAUUUUCUGCAAAGGUCCGUUUUUUUUGUUGUUUGUUUUUAUGUUGUGCUCUCAUAGGAGGAAGCUUGUUUUUCAACUCAAUUUGAGGAAGUAUGACUUCAGUCACAGUCAAAGAAAUUUCUAAUUUCCUGAUUCUUGGUUCCCUUGCCUGUGGCAGUGACAUCAUCUUGUUAUGAUUCAGCUGAAAUUCAUAGAAGUUACUCCAGUUCAUGUAUGUUUCAGCUGUUGCUGUGGAUUCCACUGAAAUUUCAGUUCUGCCUCCUUGAAGAUUAAAUUCAAUUGCGUUGAAUUUGUGACACUGAACUAGAACCUGGUUUUCAGUAUUAGCCAGAAAGAGAUGAUCAGCUGUUGCUCUCAUGGUAUAAUAUAUAGAUCAAAGCUUGUGUUUGUCUGCAAGCCUCAUUGUCUAUAAGGAUAAGAUCAUAAAGAUGAAAAACUACUGAUUUUGUAAUUACUGGAAUAUAUUGAUGGUUGCAUUAACAUAUUUUGAAUAAAUUGUAUAUUUUGAGAAUUUUA